AUGGCCGUCACGGAAAUAGCUUGUAUGCGCGUCCAAGCAGGUCUCGAUGUCAUGAAUGAAGACACUACAGAAGGCCAGGUCCUGCAUCGAACAUGGCAAAACGUUAUCUCCCUACCAGAUGGCCCAUCGCGAGUAUACUGGGGUUUGGAAGACGAAGAGCCGAGUAAAAUUUGGGCGUUCUUCGACUGGGAGAGUGUGGAGGAGCAUGAAGUUUUUGCUACGAUGUACGGCGCCGACGCGGUCAAAGACCUACCUAAAGUCCUGGCGAGUGGAGAGUUUACGAAACAUGUUAGUCUCACCCCGUUUCCGCCCGUGGCUCUCAGGUCUCCUGUGGCGCUUAUUGUACUUACGUACUUUGCCUCGGAGAUCUCGGUGGAGGAGAAGGAUAGGGCUGGCUCCCGGUUCAAGUUGUUCAUCGAGAAAGGUCUACAAGAAAGUCCUGAGGUGGAGGCUGUGAGCUUUGGUUGGGGCGUUGAGACUGAUUUUCCAGUCAGGGGAGGGGAUGAGGGACAGAGGGGAGCGCUUCUCACGGCGAUUGUUGGUUGGUCUGGUAGUGAUGCAGGCUUAGGUUUCGAAGAGACAGAUGGUUGGAAGGAAAGCGUCGAAGGGAUUGAGGGUUUAGAGGGUGUGGUUAAAAUGGCGGUGGUGCAUAUCAGAUGUGAAAGCCUUGAGAGCAAAAUAGAUCGAGCAUGAGCUUAGGUAUUAUGACAUAAAGACGACAAGGGU